UCGAAAGGAAUCCCAUUUCUCUCUCUCUCUCUCUCUCUCAAUCGCAGUCUCCAAUCCUCGAUCAAGAGCUUCGUCAAUGGGAGGAGUGACAUCGAAUAUGGCGGCGAAGUUCGCCUUCUUCCCGCCAAGCCCGCCGUCGUACGGUCUGGCGGAGGCGGCGAACGGUAAGGUGGAGAUGACCGGCGUGGUCAAAAGGGAGGGAGCUGAUGUGGAGAUUACGAGAGUGCCGACGGACAGAGGGACUGAGAUCGUCGCCAUGUAUGUGAAGAACCCUGCUGCUAAGCUCACCGUUCUCUAUUCCCAUGGUAACGCUGCUGACCUUGGACAGUUGCAUGAUCUCUUCUGCGAGCUUAGUGCGCACCUUCGGGUCAAUCUCUUGGGUUAUGACUAUUCAGGCUAUGGGUGUUCUUCUGGUAAGGCAAGCGAACAGAAUACCUAUGCAGAUAUCGAGGCAGCUUAUCAAUGCCUGGUAGAAUCAUACAGAACUCAAGCAGAAGAUAUUAUUUUAUAUGGCCAGUCUGUUGGUAGUGGCCCUACAUUGGAGUUAGCUAUUCGUUUGCCUCGUUUGAGAGCAGUUAUUCUACAUAGUCCUAUCUUAUCUGGUCUGCGUGUCAUGUACCCUGUCAAGCGUACAUAUUGGUUUGACAUAUAUAAGAACAUUGAUAAGAUUCCACUUGUCAGUUGCCCAGUGCUGGUAAUUCAUGGAACAGCUGAUGAUGUUGUAGAUUGUUCUCAUGGAAAGCAACUCUGGGAGCUAUGUAAAGAAAAGUACGAGCCUCUUUGGAUUAAGGGAGGGAACCAUUGUAAUUUGGAACUAUACCAUGAAUACAUUAGUCAUUUAAAAAAGUUCUUCUUAUCAAUAGAGAAAACACCAGCAGCAAAAAAUGGAUCUGCAGAAAACUUAGAUCUUCCUGAUGCUCCUCGGACAAGCUCAGAUUGUCUUGAAUUCCCCCGGAGCAGUACAGAUGAAGUUGACAAAUCUAGGCCCAGCAUUGAUCAUGUAGAGAAGUCUCGGAAAAGCAGGGAUCAUAACGAGAAGCGAAGGAGAAGCAUAGAUAAGAAAUCAAAGGCGAGAAAAAGCAUCGAUCGUUCAGACAAAGCAAGGAAUAGUACAGACCAAUCUGAGAAGCCAAGAAAGAGCAUUGAUAGGUUGAUGAGAUCAGUUAACUUAUGCAACAUUGACUGUUUUAAACAUACAAGUUCAAAGGCUUGAAACUUGCAGAGGUUAGCUAGGUUUUUUCAUGCCAUUUUGUAUUUCUUUUUCAUUGGUUUUCUUAAUUUAUGCGCCUGGCUUCUUCAAUGUUUGGCUUUGUGAUAUAAAGUUGUUCCACUUGUUUGUUGUUAUGGUAUUUUUGGUAGAUUACAUGUACAUAUGUUCUGAGCUUGUGUUGAAGGAAUUUACACUUCUA